GAGUUGGUCGUACGUCACUUUUAACAGCAUUGUAUAAAUGCUGAUAAGGGGAUGAAGUUCCUUGUGCACAUUCAUUGGCAUUAAGCUCUGCCCUUCAGCUCUCAUUAUGAAUGCCAUAGUGGCCCUCUGCCACUUCUGUGAACUGCAUGGGCCCCGCACCCUGUUCUGUACAGAGGCUUUGCACUCUCCACUCCCCCAAGGAGCAAGCAGUGGGGACAGCAUGGGACAGGGAGACCCUGCGGAAGAAGAGGAGAUGGGGAUACAAAUGAGCAGCAGGAUCAGGUCACAUAGCCCUGCAGAAGGAGCCAGUUCAGACUCCAACAGCCCCAGGCCCAAGAAGUCUGAUAUGUGUGAGGGUUGCCGAUCGUUAGCUACAGGGCACCCAGGAUACAUCAGCCAAGACAAGGAAACGUCUAUUAAAUACGUCAGCCACCAGCACCCAAACCACCCACAGUUGUUUAGCAUUGUGCGUCAAGCCUGUGUGCGCAGUCUGAGCUGCGAGGUGUGUCCGGGUAGGGAAGGUCCUAUUUUCUUUGGGGAUGAGCAGCAUGGCUUUGUGUUUAGUCACACUUUCUUUAUCAAGGAUAGUCUGGCACGUGGCUUCCAGCGCUGGUACAGCAUCAUAGUCAUCAUGAUGGACCGGAUUUACCUUAUCAACUCAUGGCCCUUCCUGCUAGCGAAGAUCAGAGGAAUCAUUGAUGAGCUGCAGGGGAAGGCUCUAAAAUGUCUCUUGCAGGUAUUUGAUGCGGAGCAGUUCGGCUGCCCCCAGCGCCCACUAAGGAUUAACACAGCAUUUACGCCAUUUUUGCACCAGCGUAAUGGAAAUGCUGCCCGCUCCUUGACCUCGCUUACAAGUGAUGACAACCUAUGGGCAUGUCUGCAUACAUCCUUUGCUUGGCUGCUAAAGGCUUGCGGCUGUCGUCUAACGGAGAAACUUUUAGAAGGUGCUCCUACCGAAGACACCCUGGUGCAGAUGGAGAAGCAGGCAGAUUUGGAAGAGGAGUGUGCAGCCUGGGAGUGUUCUGAAGUGGAGGAGGGAAGACCAAGGCCACAGCCAAAUGUGUUGGAAAGGCGCGAACUCUCCAAAUGUCCCACAGAGUCAUCUGUGCUGUCUGAAUGGAACAUGACAACCAGAAGGACAGCUGUAUUCAGAUCUCUUAGGCACAUGAGACAGGUAUUGGGUGCCUCUGCAUUUCGCAUGCUGGCCUGGCAUGUUCUGAUGGGAAACCAAGUUAUCUGGAAAGGGCAGGAUAAGGAGCUAAUCGAGUCUGCAUUUGAUGUGCUCCAGGCCAUGUUGCCAGUAGGCUGUGUUCGGGUGAUUCUAUACAGUGAGCAGUAUGAAGAUGCCUAUAGGUGCAAUUUUCUUGGGCUGAGUUCUCAGGCAGAGAUCCCUCCUCACGUACAGACAUCAGAAUUUGCAGUUAUGGUAGAUUUCCGAACGGCACCUCGUUCCAACCUGUAUCCAGUCUUGUUUGUGGAUGAUGAGCCACUCAGCAAGUAUGAAUUUGAGGUGGCCAGUGGAGGUCCUGUCGUAACUGACCGGGUCGGACUUUCUAUUCUGAACAAGAUAGAAGCAGCUUUAAUCAAUGAGAACCUGUCUAUGGAUGUGGUUGACCAGUGCCUGAUCUGUCUUAAAGAAGAAUGGAUGAACAAAGUAAAAGUGCUCUUCAAGUUUACCAAGGUGGACAGUCGCCCCAAAGAGGACACCCAGAAACUUCUCGCCAUCCUGGGAGCCUCAGAGGAGGACAAUAUAAAGCUUCUCAAAUUCUGGAUGACUGGACUUAGCAAAACGUACAAAUCCCAUCUCAUGUCUAGUGUACGCAGUCCAACUUCCUCUGAGUGUCGGAACUGAGACUCGCACACGAUUCAGCAGGCUCUGACCCAAUUAUGUCAAUUCUUUAUCAAUUUAGUGUGUAUAUUUAUUUAAAGGAACAUUGUACUCAUGCAUUAUUGUUUAUAUGAAGGAUCAGAUUUUAUACAUGUUUAUUAUUGUGCCUGAAAAAAUGUGAAGUAAAAAUUAAAUUGAAACUGAUACAGCAGCAUCAGUCAUUUACUUUCUUCUAAUGCUGAUUGGUGGAUAGCAACUCUUAAAGUGACAGCUUAGUACAACUGCAGUACCAUGGUCACUACUCACUGUGCUAUCAUUUUCCCUCCUGUGUUUGCAGAUUUCUUUAAAGCCAUCCUCUUAGUUUUACCCCUUACUGGUGCUGAUCUUCAUACUGUGCGGCACCAAUUUGGUGCUUUUGUAGUCUCACACCCUGUGACAGACAUGGGGCACAUUUACAGAUCAGUGACGUUGCAGGCUUUAUGAGAGCUGUAUUAUGCACUUCAGGUUAGUGUGUAUACAGAGUGGGAGCUUUACAUUUUUGCAUUGGCUGCAUUCCUCCAUUUUAUUUAUGUGGCCUUAAACCUCCCGCUAUUAUGUGUGUGCUAACCUGAAGAGCACAAUACAGCUGUUAAAAAGCCGGUAUCAAUGAUCUGUGAAUGUCUGCCACUUCUGUCACAGGGAGCAAGAAUACGUGAGAUCCAAGAUGGCACAGCCCAUUAUGAGAAUAAAGAACUUCACCAACCGGCACCUGUAAAGAGUUAAAAUAAGAAAAUGGCUCUGCAGGCACAGAAGAAAAAAUCAAUAGCAUGGUGAGUAGUAAACAUUCUGUUAUGUCCAGCAGUUUAAAGGGACAUUGUACACUAGAUUUUUCUUUGCAUAAAUGUUUUGUAAUGAUCCAUUUAUAUAGCCUAUCUGGGAGUGUUUUUAUAACAAUGUACUGUAUAGUUUUGCUUAUUUUUAAAUAACGUUGUGCUGAUUUUCAGUACGGCGCCUAUAAUGUUCCUUAUCAUUGGCUGAUAGGUGGAAAUGCCCAUUUUACCUUUUAGCCAAUAAGCAUUAGUAGGAAGUCCCUAUCAGCCAAUGAUUGUUAGGAAGUACCUGUCAGUGACCAUUGGUAGGAAGUGCACAACUGACACUGCAGUAUUAGUUUCAAUUUUUUUUUUUUCUUUUUCAGGCCAAAGAAUGUGUCUUUAACUUAUGGAGAAUGUCUGCUUUAUUUACAGAACUACCUGGUUGAUCAAGUAGCACAGUUUAUAAUCACAAAUCUAAUGGUUAUUAUAUCAUACCAAAAUAUAACAAGUACAGCUACAGAGAAAAAUAACAAAUUCAGCUGGGGGGUUUUCCACAAAAGAAAUGGACCUUUUUAACGUGUAAUUUAAUAUUUUUAUUUUAUUUUAAGAGUAACUUAUAUGCUAUUAACAUUGUCCUUUAAACUACCAAUUUUAUCUUCACUACUUGAUGGGAUAUGCAUUGUGCAUCAUUAUGUAGAUUGUUACAUGUGAAAAAAUAAUAAAUAUUUUUGUAAACUAAAA